UAUAGUACUUUUUCUCAAAAUAAAAUAAAAUAAAGGAAUCAUAUAUAGUCCACGUUCUCUCUUCCUCGAAUAAACCCUAAUUUCUGUUCCUCUCUUGUUCACCCACCCUGAAAUCUUUUGUGAGCUUGGGUAAGAUCAAUGGAUAUUGAUUAUUCUCUAAACGCAAUUAGAAUCCAGAAAACAGGAUUCUUCUAUCAGGGAGAACGUAAAGUCAAAUAUUCGGAAUUCAAGAAACUCAGCGAUUUUGCCAGGCAGAAGAAACGUUGGCGGAAGAUCAUGAAGAAAUUAAACUCCUGGGCCAAUAAAAUGGCUAAGAAGGCAUAUAAGUUUUAUUUGCAGGUGAUGGAAAUAAAGAAAAUGGAAGCAGUAAAAUUUCAGUCUGAUGCACGAAAGGCCGAAUUGUUGGAUCAGGAGACAUUGGUGGGGGUAACAACUGGAGCGAUUACACAAAAUAUAUUGGAGGGGGUGAGAACUGGGGCGAUUACAAGAAAAACGAUCAGGGAUGCAUAUGUUAAAGAUGUUCUUGAGAAUUUCGACAAAAAUCGGUAUCUGUCAUGGAAUUUUCAUCAAUUUGUGAUGAAAAAGCGACAAUUUGGAAGCAAAAGCCUCACUGCUUCUGGGAUAGGUGAUAAAGAAACAAAUUAAAGUCCGACCCUCACACCCACAUAAAGCUGGCUGAGAGGUGCUCGAUCUCAUGGGUUGAAAGAAUAACAACUUUUCCCUGUAUUUGGUUUAAGCUUUAAUAUUUCUGAUUCAAAAGUUGUCAAUGGAAAACGGAAGGUUUGCAAGGUUGAGGGUGUUAUUCACCUUUUGUUAUCCAGAGGUGUAUAACGGUUAGAACAAGAUGGCAACUAUGGAACGUUCCCUUGAGGAAGACCUAUCCGCCUAAGUCUCGUCGUCUUUAAACACUAAGGGCAAGGAGAAAAUUUAACAAGUUUUUGUUUUCUCUAAACUUUGUCCACUCGCUGUGGUUUUUUCAUAGUUUGUAGGCUUGGCUUAAAUAAAUGAGACUUGAUA